AUGACUAAUAUAUCAAUUCGUGGAGAAAUUCUUGUUGGUUUAUGUUUAACUGCUGGAAUAAUUACAAUAUUUUAUCAGAGAAAAAACAAAUCGAAAUUGUUAUCAAAAAACAAAGUUUCAAAUGAAAAAAGUCUUUGUGAUUAUUCAUAUCGAGAUCUUUUUCAUUUUUUUAUUGCACCAGAAUUUCAUUAUGAUAAAUUCCAUUUUGCUAAAGAAUUUAGUGAACAAAUGCAUAUUGAAGCAUCAAAAUAUAUGAUGAUUGAUCAUGAAGAUGAUCCUGAUUUUGCUGAUCAUUUUACUUAUAUUAAAUAUGAUAAAGAGAAAAUCAAUGAAAGAUUAGAUUAUAUUCAAGAAAGAUUAUUUAAACAAAGAUAUCUUGAUUGGUUAGAUGCUGGUCAACCUGUCGAUGAAAAUAGUUAUUAUUGGUGGGCUGAAACCAAACUUCAUUUAAUAACAUAUUUAAUUCAACGAGAACCAUAUCAUUUAACAGAUGGAAUAUGGUUACGUGGUGUUCCACAAGGACCAAUGACAUAUAUUGAUUCGAAAUUAUUUUCAAUUUAUAUUGAUGAAUUAGGAAAUGGUGAUGUUAGUCAAAAUCAUCCAAGUGUUUAUUUAAAUGUUUUAAAAGAUCUUGAACUUUAUGUUCCACCAAUCACAUCAAGAGAAUUUGUUGAUCAAAAACAAAUUCUUGAUAUUAGUUUUAAAAAACCUCUUUUAACAUUAACAACAUCACUUUUUCCAAAAACAUUUACACCAGAAAUUCUUGGUUAUACACUUUGGCUUGAAACAACAUCAUCAUCUGAACAUUCUGGUUUAAGAAAAAUUCUUGAACGAUAUGAUUUAAAUCCCAAAUUUUCCCUUCUUCACAAUGCAAUUGAUAAUAAUUUAGAUGGACAUGGAAAAUAUGCACGUGAUGCUGUUCAAUUGUAUCUUGAUGAUAUUUUACAAAAAGAAGGUCGACAAGCUGUUGAACAUCAUUGGAAAAGAAUUUGGACUGGAUAUGUUGCAUAUGGUACAACUGGAAAUAUUGAUAAUGAGCUUAAAGAAUUAUAUAAAAAACAAAAGAAAAUAACACCAAAACAAGAAUUUAUUGAAUUAAUUAAAAAGAAAAGUAUUUUAGCAAGAAAAAUGCAUGGAGCAAGACGUAUUGGUCCAAAUAAUUGUUUAUUAAAUGAUUUAUUUUCAUCAAAUGAUCCAGAAAAACUUCUUUAUGAAUUAGAAAAUUCUGAUAUGAUUGUUAAAGGUUAUCCACAUCAAAGUAAACUUCUCAAUCAUGCCGUUUCUUUUCAAGGACCUAUGUAUCAGGUAUUUAAUGCUGAUGAAUUGUCAAUAAUAACUCGUUGGAUAAUAUCAUUAUUACCAUCAACUAUCAAUGAUGUUCUUUCACUUCUUGUUAAACGUCGUAAAUUAGCAAAACAUUUAUCAACAAAUGUCAAACUUGAAUUAUCUGAUGGAUCAGAAGAAUAUUUAAAAGAUUUAUUUGAAAAAGAUCCAUCAGAAUUAUUAUCUGCGUUUCGUGUUUCAAAAUGGAAUAUUCCAUUUGAUGGAUCAAAUGUAACUAAAGAAAAUGUUGAUACAUGUCCAUUAAUAAAAUCUAUUGAUAAAAAUGGAAUUCUUGAACAUGUAUUUAAUCGAUAUGAUAAUGAUAAAGAAAUUCUUUCCAAUUGGAUAUUAGAAGGAUCACCUAUUCAAAAUGAAACAUCACAAGAUCAAUCAAAGCAGAUUAAUAUUAUAUCACAAAAACCUUUUCAAUUUCAAUAUUAA